UGUCUGUUUCUCUUCCACACUCUCACUUUUCAUGCUUGUCCUCAACUUUCUUCCAUCACUACAAAAUGAUUUCAAAAUUCAAAAGUAGUUGGCACUCAGGGAACCUCGCAGAGAGUAGAGAAAAGCAGUCUCUCCUAUCAGUUUCUUCUCAUUUAUAAUGUUUGUCAUCUGGACCACAAUCUGAUGUUGCUUAAUCUUAUGGGUCCUGGUUAAAUGUUGAUGGGUAUAAGACCAUGUUCUCUACACUCCCCUUUACAACGUGCCCUGCCUUAGUUACACUAGGCAUUAGUUGUAAUAGGAUAUGCUUUGUUUUUCAAAAGGGACUCUAUAAGAUUAUAUUUAACUCACAAAGGUCAGGGACAAAUCUUUCUUUAUAUUGACCAGAUAAUCAGAAGCCUUCAUUUGGUUUUGAAAGGAGAAGAACCAGCAGCAGACAUCUCCCAAAAGAAGUUACAGGAAUAACCCAUGCAAAAAGGAGUUCAGACCUGGGAUUAUAAAUCCAGAUGUUAGCCUUGCAAUCUUUUCAAAUGUCAAGGUAGAUCUGUUGCUGAAAAGGUAACCCUCCAAACAUUACCAUGGUCACUAUAUUUCUCCUGGUGUUUCUCUGUGUUGGUUGCAUCCUUCUCUUGUCAUGGAAGAGCAGAAGAGAAACAACUAUCCUGCCCCUUGGGCCCACCCCACUUCCUAUCCUGGGGAAUUUUCUACAACUGGACCAAGAUGAUCUGUUGAAGUCCCUGAUCAAGGUUAGCAAGGUUUAUGGGCCAGUGUUCACUGUGUACCUGGGACUGCAGAAGAUUGUGGUUUUGUGUGGUUAUGAAGCUGUGAAGGAGGCCUUGGUGGAGCACGCAGAAGCAUUUGCUGGACGUGGGCAAGUCCCGGUCUUAUCCAGGUUUCUCAAAGAGCAUGGGAUUGUGUUUUCCAAUGGGGAACGAUGGAAACAACUCCGCCGGUUCACUGUUACCACUUUGAGGAACUUUGGCAUGGGGAAGGGACGCAUGGAGGAGAAAAUCCAGGUGGAAACUUUGUGUCUAGUGGAGGAGUUCAACAAAACUGAAGGUAGGCCUUCAACUUUUUCUGCCCUGUGGCUUCAUAGAACCCAACCUGUAGCAUCCAACAUACAUUACCUCUUCCCAGAAAUUAUGGAUAAGAUCCCCGGGAUGCACCGCAAGAUGGCAAAGAUUGGCUUAAAGAUUGUGGACAUCAUUAAGGAGAGGAUCGAGACUCAGCUGGCCUCCUUUGAUGCUUCUGAUCCUCAGAAUUACAUUGAGUGUUUCUUAGUGAAGAUGGAACAGCCUGAUUUUGGCAUCCAAAUUGCUUUCUCACCUUCUCAAGAAAAAGUCCACAAGGAAAUCGAUCGUGUGGUGGGGCAAGGGCGGAUGCCAACGGUCAAGGACAGGAAUCAAAUGCCAUAUACUACGGCUGUAUUGAAUGAGAUUCAGAGGUUGGCUGAUGUGGUGCCCAUGAAUCUGCCACACUUUGUAACUCAAGACACCCACUUCAGAGGUUAUGUGAUCCCUAAGGUAAGAUUCCGAGAAAGAGUCCCACCAGGAAUGGGAACCUAUAUCUAUCCCUUGCUCAACUCUGUGCAUUAUGACAAGCAUCAUCAUGCCAACCCAGAAGAGUUUGACCCUGGGAGAUUCCUUGACAGCAACGGUUGCCUUAAGAAAGUGGAGGCUUUUAUGCCUUUCUCAACAGGGAAACGUGCUUGCCUUGGUGAGGGACUGGCCCGCAUGAUACUCUUCCUCUUCUUCACCACCAUUCUCCAGAAGUUCACCCUCACAUCACCUGAACCACCUGAGAAGAUCAGCAUUGCUCCUGCUUUCCACAACCUCACCCGCAUACCCCCACAAUAUAAGCUUUCUAUGGUCCCACGCCAGUUGUGAUCUUCCUGUUCUUGUGACCACCAGAAGAAUCUAAUCUGUCUCCCAGGAUCUCUAGAUUUACCCUGGCUUUAACUUGUAUGGGUUCUAUCUUGCCCUUUAAUUCUUUCAGAUGCUUGAUAGAUUAAUGACAUUAUCCAAAGUGCCAGAACCUUUGGUUAGAAUCAAAGAUUCAUAGAAUUAGAAGCAAACGCCUUGGCCAUUCAGUCCAACACUAUUCUAACAUGUAAGAAUGCAUUAUCCAAACACUCCUAACAGAUGUCUCACCCAGCCUCUGUUUAAAAACCUUACAGUGUGCUGUAAGACAGCAUAUGUCACUGUCAAGCAGUUUGGGACCUGCUUAUCUUCACAAUCACAUCCUCCCCUACGAACCCACACGGGCUCUAAGAUCUGCUGGGGAGGCCUCCUCUCGCUUCCACCUCCAUCUCAAGCAUGGAGAGGGCCUUCUCGGUGGUGGCGCCUCAGCUCUGGAACUCUCUCCCCGGGAGAUUAGACUGGCACCCACCUUCACCUUCUGUAAAGACCUAAAACCGUGGAUAGUCUGGUGUGCCUUCGAGUAAAUAGUCUCACUAGAUACUCAGCCCCAAUUACACCUCACUAACAAUUACUGCACUUUGUCACCGUCCCUUGUCCUAUAGGUGUUUUUUUAUUGAUACUGCUUUUCCACCAUAUUUAUGACUGCAUGACACCAUCAAAUAAGCCCUACCCAGAGUUCUAUACACAAAUUCCUACUCUCUGAAUUUCCAGUAAUUAUUACUGUUCAGGUUCUAAAUUGCUGUCGAUGUUGUUUUAUGUAGCUAUAAUGUUUUCAUUUUGUUGAUUGUGUUUUAACCCAUGUUGAUCGGGUUUGUCUUCAUGUGAGCCGCCCCGAGUCCCUUCGGGAGAUGGAGGCGGGAUACAAAAAUAAAGUUGUUGUUGUUGUUAUUUUAUUAUGACACAGCAAGCAAGAUAGAUAUGCUGGAUUUCAUGUCAAAAAAUCACAAGUUGAACACUUCCCAAGUGUGAUGUAUUUUUGGAUGAUGCGCGCAGAUCCCAGUAGGGUGGCCUUUUGCAGUUGGCCGAUUGUAAUUUUGUUAAUGCCUAUUGUUUCCAAAUGCCGGCUGAGAUUUUUUGAUACGGCACCCAGUGUGCCCAUCUCCACCGGGACCACCUGCAUUGGUUUCUGCCAGAGUCUUUGAAGUUCAAUCUUGAGGUCCUGAUAGCGGCCGAGUUUUUCCUGUUGUUGUUGUUGUUAUCAUUAUUAUAAUAUUCUUGUUAUCAUAAUGUUCUUUCUAAUGUUUAGGUGGAAUCUCUUUUCCUAGUUUGAAUCCAUGACUCCAUUUUCCUAAUCUUUGGAACAACAGAAAAUAAAUUGGCUUCAGCUUUGUGGAAAGAAUCAGAGAAACAUUUGGCUGUGUCCCUGUAGCCGGAUGCAGAAUGAUUACAUCAUCUGUUGAGAUGCCCAGAGCAGUGGUUCUCAAACUGUGAGGCCCCAGGUGUUUUGGCCUACAAAUCCCAG